AUGGCGGACGACUACGACUCGGGCGACGACCUCUUUGACGGGCUGAACGAGGAUGCGCUCCUGCAGAGCUCUCAGGCCCAGACCCCCGCCAAGCGUCCCCUCAACGAAUCCGACGGAAAUGCCGUGUCAAGAGCUCAAUCGGAUGAAAACCCCUCGAAACGCCCGCGUAUUGGCAAUUCAGACACGGAUGGCGGCUCGUCCUCUUCGUCGAAGCUCGCUCUUGCGACGAGCAUCUUGAAGGAAAAUUUUGGCUACCCUGCUUUUCGACACGAGCAGGCGGCGGCCAUUGAGAGGAUCCUUCACGGGGAGAACAGCCUCGUUGUGUUCCCGACGGGAGCGGGCAAGUCGCUCUGCUACCAGAUCCCAGCCAUCGCUUUCGAGGCCAUGGACCGCGAGACCGGCGAUAGGGAGGAGGGCGACUCGGGCGUGACCAUCAUCGUGUCGCCGCUCAUCGCCCUGAUGAAGGACCAGGUCGACGCCCUGCAGCGGAGGGGGAUCGCGGCCGAGUGCAUCGACUCGACCAAGUCGUGGGAGCAGAUCCAGGACAUCAACGCCUCGCUGCGGAGCGGCAAGCUGAGAAUGAUCUACUGCGCGCCAGAGCGGCUGAACAAUGAAAUGUUUGUCGAGAACAUGAAGUAUGUGCGUGGCGGCGUCAGACUUCUUGCUGUGGAUGAGGCGCAUUCUGCUGAUGUGCUCAGUCUUCGGCUCGAAGCUGUGGCGACAAGCAAGCAGGAAGAGAAACGAGAUUUACUUCUUGCCUACCUGAAGGAGCACAGGGGCUCGACCCUUGUAUAUGUGACGCAGCAGAGGCAAGCCGAGGAUCUGGCGCUUGACCUCAAAAAGCAAGGUUUCAAAGUCCAGGCAUUCCAUGCCGGCAUGAAGACGGAGGAGAAGACCCGGAUCCAGGAUGCAUUCAUGGCAUCGAAAGUCGAUAUUGUCGUUGCUACAAUUGCGUUUGGCAUGGGCAUCGACAAAUCCGACAUCCGAAGCAUUAUCCACUGGGAUUUGUCAAAUACCGUGGAAGAGUACUGCCAGCAGGUUGGUCGUGCUGGUCGAGACGGCAAAGAGAGCCAUUGCAUGCUCUACCUGUGUCCGGAGGAUUUUUAUGUCAAAGAGGCCUUUGCCCGAGGUGACCUUCCCUCCCGUCAAUCCCUCCGAGGUCUUCUCAAAGACAUAUUCAGCCCUGAGGUUCUGAGUCUAUCAGUUGGCGACACAUUCAAGACGAGUCAUCACCCUCAGACGACGGAGUUCGACAUUCGCAUGAGCCCCUUGAGCAUCAUCUACGCGGCCCUCGAACUGCGUUUCAAGCUCAUUCGUGCCAUCACCCCCGAAUAUAGCUCUUACACCUUCGAAGCCAACAAUGUCUACUACCCUCGCCUCAAGAAUGACAAGAGCCCUGAGGCUGCCGCCAUCUUGAACAAUGCGAAGAAAGCCAAGAAAUAUCACAGCAUCGACCCCACCGCUGUCUCCAAAUCGACCGGCAUCCGUCGUAACGACCUGAUCAAAUAUCUCAACAAGCUCAAUGACACGGGCUGCAUCAAACUCAAGGUCAGCGGCGUCCAGAACAAGUACAAAAUUCUGAGCAAACUGCCCGGCACAGACAGGGAGAUUGACGAACUGGUGGAGAAAGUCUACGCGGACCUCGAGCUGCGCGAACAGCAAGCCCUAGACAGAACGCAGCAGCUCAUCAAGCUCGUGACGGCCAAGAAAUGCUUCGCACUCUCCCUCGCCCAGCAUUUUGGCAUGGAGCUCCCCGGGCAGGCGACGCAGUGUGGGCACUGCACCUUCUGUGUGACAAAGAAGGCUGUUGAGCUGCCGGCGCCGGCGCGAAAGCCGUUCGAUUUUGAGGCGGCCGAGAAGGUGCUCGAGGCUACUGAUGUGCGUGAUGAUCCGAGAUUCUUGGCGAGGGUCGCGUUUGGGAUCAAGAGCCCGCGCGUGACGAGGCUGGGGCUCGACAAGAAAAAGAUCUUUGCGUCCAUGGCGGAGAGCGAUUUCGAGGCGUUGCUGGCCGAGUUCACGAAGGUCUGCAAAUAG